UCAAAAGUUUUAAGUUACCUAUUCGUGUUUUAACAAUUUAAAUUCAACUUUUUAAAAAUUACAUUUUGAUAAAGUGAUCAAAAUUUAUAUUUUCUUGAAUAUUUUUCAUUUAAAACACAAAUUUGACACAUUUUUAAGAGAGUUAAUUUAUUUAAAAUGCCACCUCUCGUCAUUUUAUUAUUUAGUGGCAAAAGAAAAUGUGGAAAGGAUUUUCUUACGGAUAAUUUACAGAAAAGGUUGGGAGAUAAGUGUGAAGUUAUAAAGAUAUCUCUACCUAUAAAAAGCUACUGGGCAAAGGAGUUGAAUUUGAAUUUAAAUGAGAUGUUAAGCGAUAGCACAUACAAAGAGCAGUACCGUCUUGAGCUGAUCAAUUGGAGUGAUAAGAUGCGGGAACAAGAUUAUGGUUGUUUCUGCAGAGCUGCAUGUCAAACUGCGCAAGACAAGCCGAUUUGGAUUGUUAGUGAUAUAAGAAGAAAGACAGAUAUUAAAUGGUUCAAAGAGAACUAUGGAGAUGUUAUAAGAACAAUCAGGUUAGAAGCAGACGAAGAAACAAGGAAAGAAAGAGGUUAUCAAUUCAAAAGCGGAGUGGAUGAUGUAGUGUCAGAGUGUGACUUGGAUGAUUUUGUUGGUUGGGAUUUAGUUAUUAAUAAUGGACGGGAUAGAGAACCUUUGGAGAAACAAUUAGAGCAAGUGAUGAAAUUAAUACCACCAUUAUAGUGAACUAGCUUUCGGUCUAAAGUAUAACCAUUGGUGGAUACAGAAUGAAAAUUGGUGCAGUAUUUUUUAAGUUUAUUGUGAUGGUGGACGAUUUGGUUUUAUAAUAUUUUUUUUUUAUUUUUUUUUAUUGGUUUGGUUGGUUGGUAUAAUAUGUAGUGAUAGUUAAUUUUAAUAAAUUAUUGUGGGUGGUGGAAACUGGAAAUUGAUCAAGGUGAUUUUUAUCCUUCCUAUUGAAGUAUAUAUAAAAACUGAAUAUGUAAUUAUAAAAAAUAUUAUCUGCAAAUUGUACCAUGAAUACAUUUUAUGUUUUAUUUAUUUUAAUUUUGUGUUUAUAAG